AUGGCUAAGUUUGCCUUUUUGGUCCACGUUUUUUUUGUCGCUCUCUUGUUAGUUUUAUCACAAGCCGGACCGAUAAAAGAUGAAUCAUCCACUUCAGUUAGCAUAGCAGAAAAACAAACUUCUCCUACCAGUGAGCGCUUUAUAGUAGCUGUUCAACGUAUUGAUGAUCUUGUAGGCGAUGGAGGUGAACUGCUCGCGGAAAGAAUCUCCGCAGUUGUCAUUAAAUUUGACCUAAAUGACGAAGGUUUAAGGAUGAACGAUAUCGCAGUUCCGAUGAAUGUCACUUCUGUCCAGGUACUUCAAGCUGAGAUUGUUCCAGCAAAUAUAACACAAGAACAACUUCAGCAAUAUGAAAACAGCUUCGACAUUGGAAUGGUAACUGUCGAAGUUAAUACAAUUGCCAAAUCUUAUCCUACUGAAGAUCCUGGAUUCAUUCUUCGUCAAAUCGUAAUUGCCGUCCGUAUAAUCGAAAUCGAUGGUGUAACUGUCGUUCAAAAUGAUGUAGUUGAAAGGAUCAUUGAAGCUAAGAUUGUCAAUACUGCAGCUCCUGUAGCAGAUGAAGCUUCUGAUGUAAAUGGCGCAAUGACUGGAUCAUCUACUCCUUGUAACUUAAAUACCAUAUUCGCACGAAUCCGUCAUUGGUGGUGCUGUUCAUCCAAGAUCACUCGAGUAGCCAUCAUCUCCUUGUUCCUUACAUCAAUAUUCGGUAUCUUGUUUAUGGUUAUUCCUGCAUCUAUGCAAAGUGUCGUUAAGAAGAAUCUUGGUUUGAGACAACCUUAUCAAGCUAUCUCAGAACAAAAUGAUGAUGAUGAAGAUGCUAAAGUUGAACAAGUUAUUUUCAUUGCUGAUGAAGAAAAACGGAUGUUGAUGGAGAAAGAGAAAGAAGAGGGUCAAAAAUAG